CCCCUCUUACCCGUCAAUACUUUUUCCAGUGGCCUGCAUCGUCGUCCUCCACCACCAGCGCACCAAUCCGGCCAUCGCUUGCAUCAAAGGGUCGCCCUGCAGACAGGUUCGAUGUGGGAGAUGGUGUUGGGGACGAAGUAGCAGAUGUUGUCAGGGAAUCGGAAUUGGGUUUUGCUCGGAGAAGGAGGAGGUGAUAAAGAAUGGGAAUAACGUUCAGUGAAGUGGAAAGGGCUCAACGUUUGAGGGACUUUGAGGUCGUGGCUCUGAGUGAGAAGAAGCCGACGAGGAGGAAACUCGACAGCUGUAGCGGGGAACAUCGGACCUUCUUGCUCCUCGACCUCGUCGGCUCCAACAUUGAAUUGUACAAGGGGUGUAUUGUCGGAGGCACCAAGAAGUUUGUUCUCAGUUGUCAGAGUUGGCGUCACCGUCACACUGAGAUUGCGUGGCCGCCGCCGGCCAAUCGAUCUUCUUUUUGGGUGAGAGCGGCACUAUUUGUUGUGAUGGGAAGCAAUCUGAAUUUUCAAGAG